CCCCCUACCGCCACCGUAUCGUCUUCCUCGCUUCGAUCCCUUCUCCUUCUUCUCAGAUCCCUCGGUUCUGUUUCCUCGAGAAAAAAUGUCGACCAUCUCGGUUGCCGUCUCCGUUCCAUCCCCCGCCGAGGACUGCGAGCAGCUUCGCAAGGCCUUCCAAGGAUGGGGAACGAACGAGGGGUUGAUCAUCUCGAUCCUGGCCCACCGCUCCGCCGCCCAGCGCCGCCAGAUCCGCGACGCCUACGCCCAGGCCCACAGCGAGGACCUCCUCAAGGCCCUCGACAAGGAGCUCACCCGCGAUUUCGAGAAAGCAGUGCUUCUGUGGAUACUGGAUCCGCCGGAGAGGGACGCCGUGCUGGCCAACGAGGCCUUGAAGAAGUGGUCACCCGGCAACCGGGCGCUGAUUGAGAUCGCCGUGACAAGAACUGCUGACGAGAUGUUCGCCGUUCGGAGGGCGUACCAGGGCCGCUUCAAGAGAUCGCUUGAGGAGGAUGUGGCGGCCCACACCAAUGGGGAUUUCCGGAAGCUUCUUGUGCCACUUGUAAGCUCAUAUCGCUAUGAGGGGCCUGAAGUGAAUGCAUCAUUGGCGAAAUCAGAGGCUAAGAUACUGCAUGAAAAGAUUAAUGAGAAAGCUUAUGGCCAUGAAGAAAUCAUUAGAAUUCUAACAACAAGGAGCAAAGCACAACUGUUUGCGACAUUCAAUGAUUACAACAAUGGGUUUGGUCAUCCAAUCAACAAGGACUUGAAGUCUGAUCCUAAGGAUGAUUUCCUCUUUGCACUGAGGGCCAUCAUGCGUUGCAUCAUUUGCCCUGAAAGAUAUCUUGAGAAGGUUAUCCGGCUUGCCAUCAACAAAAUGGGAACAGAUGAGUGUGCUCUUACUCGAGUCAUAACCACUCGUGCUGAGGUGAAUAUGAAACACAUAAAAGAGAUCUACUACAAGAGAAACAGCGUACGCUUGGAUCAUGCCCUUAAAAAGGAUACCACUGGAGAUUAUGAGGACUUCCUUGUUGCAUUGAUAGGACAGGAUGCCUGAGCUCUCCUGAGGUUCGCUACUUCAGCAUCUUGGUAACUUGGUAUAUCCCAUCGAAGUCGUCCCGUUUUUUUUGUGAGAGAGCGCUAUCUUGGUUUGCCUUUUAGCGUGCGUUGCCAUGUUGCAGGUCUUAUACCAUGCCAAGGUAUAAAAAUAAAGUGUGUCCCUAUGUGCCUAGCAGUAAACUUGAUGCACGCAUUUACUUCUUUUCAGUAUUCUGUUACAUUGCUGGAUGCGGGUUUUCUCCACCAAGAUGUUGAAUAUAUUCAUCCUUUGUGUUUGAGUAAUAAAUGCAUGUUUUCAAUAA